AUGGUUAGCGAGGGCUCAUUGACAACAUGGGAGGAGAACUUCAAACCGCUUAUCCUACAUAUCUUCAACGUACUAGCAGUCAAUGAUGUUACGCUGAAGCGUAAUGCCUUGAAAUUGCUUACAAAAAUCUGCGUGGCACAAGCGGUGAGUUUCUACGAUUUGGCCGAAAUGACACUAUUCAAGGUGCUUGAUUCAAUUGCUGAGGAAGAAAAUCCACAAGUCAUGAAUGUUGCCGAUGAAUGUUUGAAAACGUUGGCUACUCAUUUUCCCUUGCAUGUCGUCAUUCGAGCCACAAAGCCUAUAAUCGCUCAAGAGGUAUGA